CCCCAAUGUUGUUUGUUAUUCUGUGAGUGUGGGUCCAAAAUCCUUUUUUUCGGAGGAGCGGACCUUUCUUCACUGGAUGCAUGUUGUCUCCUUGCUAAGUGUUUUCAGCAUCGCUCUGCUCAGCGCGCAUGCGAUCGCUGCAGUAGUGCUGCUUUGUGCCUGCAUCAUUCUCGCGUUUUUGUUAUGGUGGUUGCACGUUAGUCGCGUGGAAGCCAUGGAUCGCGGCAUGGCUGCUGCUAAUGAGUUCCGCGAGCACCGAUUUUUUCUAGCCCUGGGUGGUCUCUUCACUUUCGUGAUGCUCUUCACGCUCAAAGUGCUCUUGCUCAACGGAUCUUCCGACUUCUGAGUACUACAUGUGAUUUUCGAACUAGUCGUGUACGUUUGUCAGAGAAUGCCUACUUCAAAAUAUCAUGCGGGGGAGCACAAGAACAACUACGAACUUCAGGAGAAAUGCCCAUACAUCUACUUUCUCAUGAAGAGAGAAAAUCUGCUAAUAAAUACAACAACCUGCUACAACGUCACAAGCACAACUGCUCACUGUUGGUAGAACUACAAGAAGAAGAUGUACUAGUACACGAUGACGAUCGGAGAUGGUUUCGGAUAAUAAUAGACAGAAAUUCUUGUGACACAAGAUAAACUUCGGGGAAUAUCUGUGCGGAGAAGAGCACAUAUUGCUUGGUUUUUUCCGAGAGCCUCCGCCUUGGGCAUCCCCCA